GUUGGCUUAAAAUGAAGUCCUGGAACCCUAUAACGGGCUCAUUUCGUUUACAUUCAAAGUUCUUCAAAAAGCCCGCACACUGAACCCUGAAAAUCUUGAUCAGCCACAAAAACCCUAAAAAUAAUCAAGACUUCCAUUACCAGUUGAGCUUGAACAUGGAGAUAGAAGACACUCAGAUUGAAGCAGCAGAAAACAACAAAGAAAUUGAGGUAGCUCCUGCCCUAAUUUCUGUACACCCCACCCAAAAUUCGGUUGCAGUCGCAGUUGGAUCGGACCUCCGGGUCUUCGACCUCCAAGGAGGUUGCGGUGUAUGUUUAGUGGAUAAUAAUUCAAGUGAGCCUUUGCAUAAGGAUUCAAUAAGAGCUAUUCGUUAUAGUGCAAAUGGGAAGCUUUUUGUAUCAGCUGGUGAUGAUAAACUUGUCAACAUUUGGUCUACUGAUUCUUGGGGCUGCGUUAGUUCCGUGUGCUCAGAGAAAAGAGUGAGUGCAGUUGCAAUAAGCAAUGAUGGGCUGUAUGUUUGUUUUGCUGAUAAAUUUGGAGUUGUUUGGGUUGUCGAUUUGCAUGAGCUUGAAGGAAAUCAAUCUCUAGUCAAUAAAAAGGCUUCACCUUUGCUUGCUCAUUACUGCAGCAUCAUUACUAGCCUGGAGUUUUCACCAGAUGGACGUUUUAUUGUUAGUGCAGAUCGGGAUUUUAAGAUUCGUGUUACUGUGUUCCCAAAGAAAACUUUAGAUGGAGCUCAUGAAAUUCAAAGUUUUUGCCUUGGUCAUACGGAAUUUGUCUCCUGCCUUGCCUUUAUUUGGGCUGCGGAUUACCCUCAGGGUCUUCUUGUCUCAGGCAGCGGUGAUUCUACUGUUCGCUUGUGGGACAUUACAGCUGGUCGUCUUCUUGAUACUUGUGAAGUUGGUGCUAAGACAGGAUGUCUAGACUCUAGCAAGAAUGAUGAGGACUGUUCUGCAGUCACUGAUCUGUGCACAAUUCCAAAUGAUAAUCUUGUUGCUGUGGCUAUUCAAAGCUUGCAAGGAAUAAUGCUGUUGAGCUGUGAUCUUGAUUCCCAAAGCCUCCAUGUGAUCAAGGUGGUUUUUGUCAUGGGAGAAAACUUCAUUCCUACAAGCUUGGGGAGUAGCUCUUCUGCAGAAUUAAUAUGGAUGGUAACUGGUGUCUCUAAAUUGCAAGGUUCUGAUCACAAUUCUUUGGCUCGAGUAAGGGUUCUUUCUGGUUUCACAAAAAGCAUUCCUGAUUCCACUGACGGUGAGCUACAUGUGUUGGGAGAUAAUGAAGUACCUGGGGCAGAGAAACUACUAGAGAAGUUGCAGGGCAGUGUGUUCAUUGAUGAAAAAGUGUUUCAAGCAGCUGCUGAAGCUGUGAAAACAGCAAUGUGCAAUUUGUUAAUUAAGAAGCAGUACACCACAGAAAAGAGAGAAUUCAGAAAGAGAGGUAGAAAUGAUAGGAAAGUCAAACAAUGACAGAGCCUCAAUGGUACUAACAACACUUUCUACUCAGCUGAAUUUUUAGGGGAAUCUUGGUUCAUUUUGGUUGUCCUUUGUAGUCUCUUAUUUAUUAUACAAGAAUAUCUGUAAACUUUAUGACAUUCGUGAGAUAUUAAUCUUCUCUUAUCAUUGCA